AUGCAUCGCCGAAAAGCCAGGAACUCAGAAUUCGACUCUUCGAAUUCCUCAAGAACAAAUACACCUUCUCAUGACCCAGACAUUGCUUAUCAGCGAACACGGGAUACCCUCAUCGAGGCUGUCAAGCUCGUCAAGGCGGGGACCGAGGCUACUUCAUUUCUGGGACCUCUCAAAGCAGUUUGCGAGAUUUCCCUUCUAUUCCUUGAGAUAACCAGGAGUGUAAACGAGAACACCAAAGGACUCAGAAUACUCAGGGAUAGUCUUGAAUUACAUAUAUACAUCUUGGAUGAAGGAUAUCUCCAAGCUGUCGAGGACGGACGCAUGGACCGGAUGCCCACCGCGCUCAAGGAUUUCAACAAUGCAUCGAGAGAUUACAUUGUCGCUCUGAAGGGCACACUCUCCAAAAUGGAUGAGUUGAAGCACGGCAGAGAUCAAGGCGUCAAAGGAUUUUUCAGAAAGAUCACGGAUGCCAAGAUCGAUACCGGAAAUAUUGCAGAAUACAAACAGGAAAUCUUACAAGCUACGCGGGUAUUCGAGGAUACGACCAAGCUCUGUCAAAUUCAGCUACAAGCAGAAGUGUGGAAAGUAGCCCAACUCGGCCCCGAGAAGCCUCGUCCGAUGGGUACUCAGCAUAAGACGUGUCUACCGGGCACACGCGUACCGAUUCUGCAGGAGAUUCGGCAAUGGCGUCUGGAUUCCAACGCAGACAAGCGCAUCUUUUGGCUCUGCGACGUUGGCGGGUCUGGAAAGUCCACGGUCACAUUGACGAUGUGCGAGGAAUGGGAUAAUACCAAAGAUGUUCUAGUUGGUCGGUUCUUCUUUUCGAAGAAUGCUCGGCAGACAUCAGAGACGGAUGAUUUCUGCUCCGUCAUCGCAGGGGAUAUUGGUGCUCAAAACGAGACAAUCCUAGAGCAAAUAAAGAUGAUAAAAGAAAGAGAUCCUCACCUUCUCAUACGAGGACUGCGCCAUCAGUUCACCAAACUCAUCGAAGAACCAUUGCAACUUGCAAAGACGGAUAUUGUCCUCGUGAUCGACGCAGUGGAUGAGUGCAAGGAGGAGCAGGACAGUCAGUCAG